GAAAAUUUCCCCAGCUCCCCCGCCACUUCUCUCCACUGCCCAAAUCCAAGCACCAUCCGUCCAUCCCCAACAACAUCUGCCAAAUCCAGACCCCCUAGCCAUGGCUACCGUCGCCGCCGCCGCCCCCGAGCACAUCGAGGCGAUGGAGCAAGUUGAAGGGGCGGAGCGGGCGGCCGGAGCAGCCGCCGCCGCCGAUGACGACGACGCGCCCACCGAGGCCUUGGAGCAAGUUGGAGGGGAUGAGGCGGCGACAGCCGCCGCCGCCGCUGACGACGAUGCGGCCGAGCCGAUGGAGCAAGGCGAAGGGGAGGAGGCGGCGGAGAUCGACGCGGAGGAGGAGGCGGAUGCUAGCGCCGAGGCGCACAUGGAGGCAUCGGAGCAGGCUGAAGAGGAGGAGCGGGAGGAGGUCCACGCGGUGGCGGGGGAGGAGGAAGCGGAGGCCCAGCCGCUGCAGACGGUGCUCCCGCUGGGCAGGGUGAAGAGGAUCAUGCGGGUCGACAGCGAGAUAAAGAAGGUGACCGCCGAGGCGUCGCUGCUCAUUGCCGCGGCCACCGAGCUCUUCCUCGGCUCCCUCGCCGCCGGCGCCCACACGGCCGCCUCCCAAGGCGGCCGGCGGACGGUGCGCGCCGCGCACGUCCGGGCCGCGGUCCGCGCGCACCGCCCCACCGCCGACUUCCUCCUCGACUGCCUUCCAGCUGCUGCGGAGGCGGCGCCUCGCGUCGCCCGCUCCGGAUCUGAUGGUGCCGCUGCCGUCGCUGAAGCAGCAGUACCCAAGCCGCUGCCACGUGGGACCCGCCGCAUCGACGGAUUCUUCCAGAAGGUCACUUAGAGGUCUCUCUUUGUGUGUGUUUAUGAACUGCUGCUCCAGGUGGUUAAAAUGUAUUCCUGCCCUGCCAUGUGAUGGAAGUGGAACCUAUGAAUUUUAUCAAUCUAAGUAUGCAGUUGUCUUUAACCUUACAAA